ACGCCGUGGAAGGCGCGGCGCUCAAACGAGCAAAAGAAGAACGAAGAAGACUUUCAGACUCCCACAAAAACGCACCUAAAAAGCGUGAAGGCGACAUCUUCGAUGGUCCUCGAAACUCGUACAGGGCAAGUGAAAUGAUAAAAUCUCUAGCGAACAUAACGGCUAAACAAAGAAACAGCUAAGUAGAUGGAGGGGGGUAAAAGCAAGAGUCAUCACCGCCUUGAAGAAGAAUUAAAAUUGUCCGGUUCUGAGCAACUAACUCUUGCAGCGCGUGGUUACAGGAUCAUAAAAAAAGUAAACGAGGGGUCGUAUGCGAAGGUGUACCUUGCCGAGUAUAGAAACCCGAACAAAAAUGACAAACUUUCCGUACUAGCGUGCAAAGUGAUAGACACAAACACAGCGCCCAAAGAUUUCGUUAAGAAGUUCCUUCCCAGAGAAAUUGAGAUGUUAAUAAAACUCAGUCAUCCACACUUAGUGCACACUCACAGUAUUUUCCAGCGAAGAUACAAAUACUUCAUCUUCAUGAGGUACAUGGAGCAUGGAGACUUGCUGGAAUAUAUUUUGCAAAAAGGCGCAGUGCAGGAAGACCAGGCUAGAAUAUGGACAAGGCAGUUGGCACUCGCCAUCCAGUACAUGCAUGAGCUCGAAAUAGCUCACAGGGACAUCAAAUGUGAGAACGUGCUUUUAACGGCUAACCAAAACGCCAAAUUAUCCGACUUCGGUUUCUCCAGAUAUUGUGUAGACAAGAAAUUCCGUGACGUCCAUAGUGAGACAUUUUGCGGAUCUUUAUCUUACACCGCUCCAGAAAUAUUACAGGGCUCUCCUUACUAUCCUAAACCCACAGACGUGUGGUCGCUAGGAAUAGUAUUAUUUGUUAUGUUAAACAGGGCCAUGCCUUUUGAAGACAAGCACAUCAAACAACUCUACCAAGCGCAGAUUAACAGAAACUGGAAGUUCCGUUCGCGUUAUGUGGACAGUCUCUCAGAAAGUUGCAAACUUUUAGUGACAUUAAUGCUGGAGCCCAACCACCAAAACAGAAUAAAAAUCGAUCAAACUAUAAACAGUGAAUGGAUUGCAAUGGACUCCAGGUUGUUAGAAUGGACGCCACAAGAAACAUUAGCGUGGCGAAAAGCGCGGGAAGAGAGGACUCAAUUGCUAAAGCAAGUAGAGCAUGUAGACCCAAAAUCCAAAGAGAAAGUAAAGGAAAACGGUCUUCCAGAAUCUUCCCUGGUGAAAAACAACUUGGAAUUGACAAGGGCGGCGGGUUCCAGCUCCUCAUAGCAGGUGUGUCUGUCUGAUUCACAUAUUUUUAAUGAUGUCUUGCAUAGACAUAAUUAAAAAUGAGGUUAAUAAUUCGAACUGUUUACAUACAAAUUUUUCGUAUUUAGCUACUGGCAUAAAAUUUGACAGUGCGGUGACAG